AUGGAAAACAUCCAGGAGAACGUGCAAAACACUAACCAGAGCGAGCUGGUGCUGGAUUUUUCAGCGAGCAACAUUACUGAGUUUACAUACGACCUGGAGAAAGGCUGUUUGUUUGAUGCGUGGUUUGCCAGGUAUGUAGACCUCUUCGAAAAGGACGCUUCCAAACUCGACGAUGACGCGAAGGUGCCGCUAGUACUGCGAAAUCUCAACCCCACAGCACACGAAAGAUACACGUCAUUUAUCCUUCCAAAGCCCUCUAAGGAAUUCACCUUCGAGGAGACGUUUGCCCAGUUGAAAACCAUUUUCGGCAGUCCGGUGUCCACCUUCCACCGUCGGUACCAGUGCCUCAAGACUGCGAAAGAGGAAAAUGAAGAUUUCAUAACCUACUCCUGUCGAGUCAAUCGAGCUUGUGUAGAUUUCAAGCUGCAGGUGCUAAAAGUGGAGCAGUUAAAGGCUUUGAUUUUCGUGUGCGGGUUGAGGUCACCUAAGGGCGUGGACAUUCGGAUGCGGCUACUUUCAAAUAUUAACGAAACCCAGGACAUCACGCUGGAGAAGAUUGUAGAGAAGUGCAAGAUCAUGAUCAAUUUAAAGAAGGACACUUCUCUAAUCGGUCGUAAGGUUCCUCUCGCGACUGUCGAAUCCGAAGCCAUCGAAGGGGAAACAGAAAAACAAAAACUACCACGCAUCAAGGAUUGUGACAGUAACAAUAUUACGCGCAAUUGGCGCUAUCUGGAGACAGCGAUCAACGAAGUUCCAGUCGAAAUGCAGCUGGGAUCGGGCUCGGGCAUCACGAUCAUAUCCAAGCAAAACUGCAUUAACGUCGGGGAACCAAGAACAUCUCCACCGGACUGUAAAGUUCAAACAGCAUCUGGAGAUAAGUUGAACAUAGAGGCCAUGUUCCGGGCCACGUACACCAUUGGCGAAACUCACAAGGAAGGCCCAGAUCUCAUGGACGAAUUCGGGCUCUGGGAUGUUCCGUUUUCGUCGUUCUUCAAGUUGGUCGGUAGUAAACAGCCAGAUCAGCAGGUAGCCGACCUGAAGCCCAAUUUUCCCGAUGCGUUCACCAAUCGCAUGGGGCGCUGCACGAAAACUCAAGUCCAUCUCACCCUCAAGCCAGCGUUCAGGCUGAAUUGGCCAGUUUCCUACAACAUGGAGGCCGUAGUCGAGGACGAACUGAAGCGACUUGUAAAUUUGGGCAUCAUCACUCCAGUCACUUAUGCCGAUUGGGCGGCUCUCAUCGUGGUGGUCCGCAAGCCGGACUACCCUCUUCCACUCCCGGAGGAUAUAUUCAACCGCUUGGCGAAUUGCAAGAUGUUUAGUCACAUUGACUUCUCGGAUGCCUAUCUGCAAGUAAAGCUCGACGAGGAAAGCAGAAAUUUCGUCACCAUAACACUCACAAAGGGCUAUCGAUUUAACCGGAUCUCCCCCGGUGUCAAGUGCGCAUCCGGCGCCUUUCAGCAGAUCAUGGACGCCAUGCUCAGUGGCCUCCCAUGCGCAUCUGCGUAG